AUGACCGAUGAGUAUAAUCGAAUAAUGAGCGAGGCUGGUCCAAGUGAGCCAGUGCGUGUUGCUGGAUGGCGUGAUAGCUUACCGUCACCUGGUGAAAAGAUUCUGGAGGUUGACAACGAACAUAAAGCUCAACGAGUCAUCAAUCAUCGAUUAUCCCAGAAAAUGGAGCAAAAAGCGAUGGAGGAUUGGCUGCUUUCAUUAUGUGGUGUUUUUGUUCAAUUUCUAAUUUUCGGUAAUUUUUUCUGUGUGUUUUGGGAGAUAAUCGAAGCACAACGAGAGGCUGAUCGUAAAGUUUAUUUGGAGAAUCGUCAAAAACUGUUGGAUAAAGGCGCUAGGUAUGGAUCAACAUUAAGAAAGUUGGUGCAUAAGGUUAGUUGA